UUUUGUUUAUAUUUAAUGCACGAGUAUUUCAAUCUUAAGCUGCUUACUUCAUUGUGAAUGACGUAUAUUUUUGGCAUUUAAUCUCGAUCACACGUGCACUUCUCAGUUUGUUGUUAUCUCCGUGUGUUUACAUUUUUGCCUAGCCCUAGAAGUUUAAUAAUUUUUAGUUUUAUUAAUAAAGCAUGAAAUAAAGAUGUUUGUCAACGAAGUGAAUGAUGUGAAAAUAUACAAUUUAAGCGCUGGAAAAUCUGUGCCAGAAUGGCUUACAGAUCGCCGAAAGCGUUCCCAGUUGAUGAAAAAGGUUGAUUCCCGUCGACAAAUAGAGCUGAUACAAGAUUUUGAUAUGCCCGGCGUUUGUACCUCGAUACGCAUGAGUCCAGAUCAGCAGUACAUUUUGGCAACUGGUACUUAUAAACCACGCGUUAAAUGCUUUGAAGUAUGUAAUUUAUCUAUAAAAUUCGAACGUUGUUUUGACUCGGAGGUCACAACAUUUGAAGCAAUUAGCGAUGAUUACAGUAAAUUGGUCUUUCUGCAAUGUGAUCGUUUUGUAGAAAUACAUUCUGCUUCUGGGCGUCAUUACCGUUUGCGUAUACCACGCUUUGGACGUGAUAUGAAGUACCAUAAACCAACUUGUGAUCUCUUCAUUGUGGGCACAACUCGUGACAUUUAUCGUUUAAACUUAGAGAGGGGCCAGUUCUUGCAGCCAUAUGAAACGGAAGCCAGUUGCAUAAACGCAUGUGAUAUAAAUCCUGAACACCAAUUACUCAUGGUUGGCAGCAAAGAGGGCAUUGUAGAGUCUUGGGAUCCACGUAGUAAAACGCGUGUAGGCACACUAGACGUCGCUAUCAAAUUGCCCGGCUCUAAGACGUUUCCUUCAGUAUCAGCAAUGAAAUUUAAAAAUGGUUUACAAAUGGGCGUUGGCACAGCUUCAGGGCAUGUCUUGCUCUAUGAUAUACGUUCACGCGAUCCGCUUUUAAUUAAAGAUCAUUUAAAUAAGGUGGCAGUAAAGCGCAUAGCUUUCAAUCCCAGUCAUCAGACAGUGUAUUCUCUGGAUGAUGCAAUGUUAAAGUUGUGGGAUGAAAAUACGGGCAAACAAGUUGCGUAUAUCGAAUCCACUACAUCUUUCAAUGAUUUUUGUACAAUACCCGAUACGGGUAUGUUCUUCCUUGCACAAGAAGAUGUCAAAAUGCUAACUUACUACGUACCCUCAAUGGGUCCGGCACCACGUUGGUGUUCAUUCUUAGAUAACCUAACAGAAGAUAUUGAAUCUGAGGUAGUGGAAAACAUGUACGACGAUUACCAGUUUGUGACGCAAAAGGAAUUGGCCGAAUUGGGUUUGGACCACUUGAUUGGCAGCAAUCUAUUGAAAGGCUACAUGCAUGGCUAUUUCAUGGAUGCACGUUUGUAUAAUAAAGCUAAAUCUGCGGCUGAUCCAUUUGCAUUCGAACGCUUCCGUAAAGAGAAAAUACGUAAAGAAAUCGAAAGUGAACGCAAAUCACGUCUACAAAUUAAAUCAAAUCUUCCCAAAGUCAAUCAAGAACUGGCACUUAAAAUUAUGGACGAACAAAGCAAUGCCGCGAAAGCAGCAAAAACACCCAAUCUUCUCAAUGAUACACGUUUCAAAGCAAUGUUCGAAAAUCCGGAAUUCGCUAUUAAUAAGGGUGCGGAGGAGUAUAAAUUGUUGGCACCUGUGUUGAAUCGCCUCGAAAAGUCUAAACUCAAGGAUAUUAAAAAACGCGUUGAGGUCGCACGAGUUGCCGAACUGCAUGCAGACGAGGCGAAACCGCAUGAGGAGAGUGACAACGAUGAGGAUCUUUUCGGCUUCGAAAAGAGUGAUGUUGAUAGUGAAAAAUCUGCUGGUGAAGAAUCUUCAGACGAUGAAGGUAUGCGUGAUUUUGCGAAAGAAAUGAAGAAAGCCUACAAAGAUGUUAGAAAGCAACGCGAAGCGGAGGAAGAAGCUGCAGAAAAUGAGCACGAAGAUGAUGGAAUGGAUAACAGUGAUAAUGAGCAGGAUAAUAAAAUGUCUAAUACGACUACCUUGCUGCAACAUAAGCAAACUGCUAAGGGUAGCGUUCAAAUGACAGCGUUAGAGGACAAUAACUUUAAAUUAAGUGAAAUGCGUAAUAAAAUAAUGAAAAUAAGUCUAAAAGAUCGUAUCCGAUUUAAUGAGGCCACUAGCGCUAAUGUUUCUACCAUUGGACGCUCGCUUGGCAAUCGACAAAUGACAUUCGAUCUGAAAAAGAAGCCCACGAAAGAUGAGAAAAAACGCGAGUAUUUGAUGAAGAAACACCGCGAAGAGCGGAAAAAGGUCAUACGACCGAUAAAUGCGCUAAAACUGAAAAAAGUAAAUUUUAAGUAAAUUUUAUUUUAUUCUUUACAUUGUUAAGAUUCAAUGUGCUGAAGUGUUUUGUAAAUAAAAAUAAAUUAGUCUGGCUUAUAUAAUUAAUUAUUAAC